GUGCUUCAAGCCAGAACCCACAAAACCUCUUCACAGAUUUUAUAAUUAUUAUUUUUUUCUCUCUUCCCAACCUCACUCUCACAAAUUCUCUCUUCCUUUAAUCGUUUUUCUCGAGAAAAAAAAGAGGAACCGUUUCAGAUUAUUGAGUUUAAUGGUUGUAGAAAAGUAAAAAUUGAAGAACAAGGAAAAGUGAUUAUGGUGAUGCGCAAGUCUUUCAAGGAUUCUCUCAAAGCUCUUGAAGCUAACAUUCAAUUUGCCAAUACUCUUGCUUCGGAUUAUCCAAGAGACAGUGAUGGAGCCUGCUUUCAAAUGAGAUUGUCUUAUAGCCCAGCUGCUCAAUUUCUCCUUUUUCUGGUUAAGUGGACUGAUUGCAAUCUUGCCGGAGCAUUAGGAUUGCUUAAUGUUCUCGUAUACAAGGUAUUUGAUGAUGGGAAGACAACUAUGUCUGUUUGCGAAAGAAAAGCCACUCUAAAGGAGUUCUACGGUGUGAUCUUGCCCUCUUUAAUACAACUCCAGAGAGGAAUCACGGAUGUAGAAGAGAGAAAACAAAAAGAUUUAUGUGCUACGAAGUACAAGCCUAAAGAUGUGAUUAGAAAAGGAAAGAUAUCUCAAAUUGAUAUAGAGAGAGAGGAAGAAUGUCCUAUUUGUAUGGAGAUGACCAACAAGGUUGUGUUACCCAAAUGCAACCAUUCUCUGUGUAUGACAUGCUAUCAUGACUGGCAUUCAAGAUCUCAAUCUUGCCCUUUCUGUCGCGACAAUCUUAAAAGAGUAAAGUCAGGUGACCUUUGGAUCUUGAUGAGUAGCUGUGAUAUAAGUGAUUUGGAAUCAAUCAACAAGGAGAAUUUUAAAAGGCUAUUUAUGUACAUUGAAAAGUUGCCUCUGAUUUUGCCGGAACAAGUAUUCAUCGCUUAUCCUCAAAACUUUUGAUUUCUAUUUAGUGAAUUUUGAGGAUCUUUGGAUCUUCAUGAGCACUGAAUUCAAUCAACAAGGAGAGUUAGGCUAGUUAAAAUUAGUGUACACACAAGUUACCUAUGAUAUUUUUGAAAUGACAAAUAUUAGCCGUUAUUUCUGAUCAUGUGUAUUUCAUCUCAAAACUCUUGAUUCUCAUUUAGCGAAUGCUAGUUUAUACUCCAAUAUUAAUUGUCACUUUGAGCCGGAACUUUACAAAAUGUAAAUACUCGAUUCCGUUUUUAGUCAAAUGAUAAUUUAACUAUACAUUAGAUUUCUU